CUUCUUCAACAUUAAUUCGCAAUCUCUCUUCCCACCACCACACCCCCCCCUCUCUCUCUCUAAUGGCUCCGGCUUGCAACACAAAAGCCGUGUGCGUCAUGGACACGUCCGCUCACUUCGGUUCAACGCUCGUCGAGAGGCUCCUUCGAAGAGGAUAUACGGUCCACGCCGCAGCAUACGAACAAGGCGGAUUCGAUAAAUUGAAGAGCAAAUCAAUAUCGUGUGAGAAUAAGCGGCUUAGAGUUUUUCGAUCCGACCCUUUUGAUUACCAAAGUAUCGUGGAAGCUAUGAAGGGGUGCUCGGGGCUAUUUUAUACGUUUGAGCCUCCGCAAGAUCAGCCUAGCUAUGAUGAAUUCAUGGUGGAGGUGGAGGUGCGGGCGGCGCACAACGUCCUGGAAGCGUGCGCGCGGACGGAGACGAUGGAGAGGGUGGUGUUCACGUCGUCCGUGACGGCUGUCGUCUGGAAGGGGACGGAGGAGAGCCGCCAACUGACGCCCGCGACGCCGGAGGAGGUCGACGAGAGGGACUGGAGCGAGCCCAACUUCUGCCGAAAAUUCAAGUUGUGGCAUGCUCUGGCGAAGACGUUGUCAGAGAAGACGGCUUGGGCGCUAGCGAUGGACCGGGGUGUGGACAUGGUGUCAGUCAACGCUGGCCUGGUGGUGGACCCCAUGCUCUCCGCUGACAACCCUUACCUCAAAGGCGCUGUCGAGAUGUACGAUGAUGGCGUCCUCGUCACCGUCGCCAUUGACUUCCUUGCCGACGCCCACAUUGCUGUUUAUGAGUCACCCUCUGCUUAUGGCCGCUACCUUUGCUUCGAUCGCUCCAUUUGCCGCCCAGAAGACACCAUCAAGCUAGCCCAAAUGCUUUCCCCCACCGCCGCCUCCAACCCUUCCCCAAGUGAUGAGCUGAGGGUGAUCCAGAAGAGGAUUCAGAAUAAGAAGCUGAGCAAGGUGAUGGUGCAGUUUGGCAGCGGGAGGCACAUGGACUUGGAGUAGAGUGCCUUUGAUUCUUAAGUGCAAUUGGUAGCUUUGAGAUUGUACGUAUUUUUCUCCAAAAUAAAGGCUAGUUUGAGGGAGAUAUUACUAGAUCACGAUUCGUAUGCUGUACAUGCCAGGAUGUUUCGUUGUAUUUAACUGUAUACCAAGGAAAAUGAUUAAAUGAUGCGAAGUUUCUUUUUUA